CUCACCCACACAGGCGAGAUGCCAUUUCAGUGCUCUUUAUACCCGCACAGCUGCUCACGAAGGAGUCUCCUGAACGAACACCUGCGCACCCACACAGGCGAGAGGCCAUUUCAGUGCCCCUCAUGCUCGCAGAGCUUCUCACACAAGACUACACUGAAGUAUCAUGAGCGCACUCACACAGGCCAGAAGCCAUUUCAAUGCCCUGCAUGCCCGUACAGCUGCUCACGAAAGAGUAACCUUAACAACCACCUCCGCACCCACACAGGUGAGAGGCCAUUUCAGUGCCCUUCAUGCCCUCGAAGCUUCUCACAGAAGUCUUUACUGAAGACUCAUAAGCGCACCCACACAGGCGAGAGGCCAUUUCAAUGCCCCUCAUGCUCGCAGAGCUUCUCACGCAAGACUACACAGAAGGAUCAUGAGCACACUCACACAGGCGAGAAGCCAUUUCAAUGCCCUGCAUGCCCGUACAGCUGCUCACAAAAGCGUCACCUGAACGACCACCUGCUCACCCACACAGGCGAGAUGCCAUUUCAGUGCUCUUUAUACCCGCACAGCUGCUCACGAAGGAGUCUCCUGAACGAACACCUGCGCACCCACACAGGCGAGAGGCCAUUUCAGUGCCCCUCAUGCUCGCAGAGCUUCUCACACAAGACUACACUGAAGUAUCAUGAGCGCACUCACACAGGCCAGAAGCCAUUUCAAUGCCCUGCAUGCCCGUACAGCUGCUCACGAAAGAGUAACCUUAACAACCACCUCCGCACCCACACAGGUGAGAGGCCAUUUCAGUGCCCUUCAUGCCCUCGAAGCUUCUCACACAAGUCUACACUGAAGAAUCCUGAGUGCACUCACACAAUUGAGAGGCCAUUUCAGUGCCCUGCAUGCCCUCAAUGUUUCUCACAAAAGAGCAGUCUGAACCAACACAUGUGCACUCACACAGGCUAGAGGCCAUUUCAGUGCCAUUUGUGCCCUGGAGCUUCUCACGAAAGAGUAAUCUGAAUCAACAUCUGCGUACCCACACAGGUGAAAGGCCAUUUUAGUGAUCUUCAUGCCAUC